AUGCGGAAAUAUGGACGACGAAUUUCGAUGGACCUUUUACAUAUAAAUAGAAAUAAAUAAAUAUUUCGGUAAAUGUAGUCGAAGAAGUUUGUAGCUAUUAUAUGUACACAUAUGUCUGCUAAUAUCGUAUCAAAGUCACUAAGCAGGGUAAAAAACUGUAUAGAGAAUACUAUAAUUUUUUAAGUUGGUAAAAUUGUACGAUAGAAGGUAUGUUACUCUUUUGAGAUUAUCAAAAAUUCGUUUUAUUGAACUGAGUUUGAAAGUGUAUAUUUGCUUCAGUUGUUUCCAGAGUUCGUAAUGAAUGUUCAAUGAUACGAUUAAAAUUUAAAGAUCAAUAAACAUUAUGGAAACACUAUUACCAUCGGAAAUAGCUAGAUUAGUUCUUGGAUAUCUAGAAGGCCAAAGUUGUCUGGAAGCUGCGAAAGUAUUUUUGGAGACCUGUCCACAUUUACAAGAAUGUCGUACCGUAAUAUCUAAUGGGAGACGAUUUAGCACAAGAGUCAGUGGAAUGACACUGAUCGACGUUAUCGAAAAGUUUUUUGCUAUUAACGCGACAAUCCAAGAACGGCUAAGCAAAAUUACAGAUUGCGAACAAUCAAAACAUUGUGGAGAUUUACUGGAACAAUUGAAGUUUCUUAUAGAAGAAACUCGUGGGCAACGUUUCGUCGUUAAUAUAAAUGUUCCUUCACAGGCUAACUCUCAAGUAUCAAAUGGCUCCCCUAUACUAUCUAGCAGUAUUCGUAAAAGACGCCACAGUAACAGUGAUCGCGAACGAUGCAAGCGCACGAAAGUAAUGGCAAAUACAUCUCAGCAGACUGAUUCUAUCACUAGUCACGCAAACAAUUAUAACAGCAUCGAGGCAACACCGUUAGAAAGUUUACCUGGUCACAUAGGCACGAGUGAUCAAUUUAAAUGUACCAUUAACGUUGAAGAGAAAAAUCGUCAUAACUCUGUAGGAGACAAUGGAAAUGAAGGCUGCAAUAACCACCAAAAUAAUAGCAAUAGCGACAGGCAUAGUAACAAUAAUCAUGGCAUUAAUCAAGAAACGCAAAACUUCGAAGACGCCGUAACAGAUAACAGAUGCAAAUUAAACGAUGCAAAAGAUUCGUUCGUGUUUGAAAAAUGUACUGCGGCUACAAGUACGGAAGAGUUACUGAGUUAUUCGUGUGUAGAAGUUCAAACUACUCCAUACGAUACACCGGAAUCCGAAUCAGAAACUAACGACGAACCAAUUGAAAAUCUUAGUUUACUGACGAAAGAGCUAUUGAAUCGUACCGAGUUACAAGAACGAAUUGCUGAGAACAUCAACAAAGCGAUACUUCCAACGGACGCAUCAUCGAAAGAAGAGCAUUUAAACGAUGCGCCAAUGAACAGCGAAGCGAACACUUCUAUCGUAUCGGAGCUAAAUAACGCAAUUAAGUCAAUAGUGGAGGCAACGGAGUCCGAUCCCGUAUUCGAAAAAUUUCUCGACGAAAUGAUCGGAUCGCAAAUAGAAACGGACACGAGUCCUGACGAAGAGAUGGAAUCCAAUAGACAGAAACCGAAAUUAACCACGAAUGAAUUGGAAGAGAAACAUGUUGAAAUUUGUUGGACGAAUAACGGGUCAGUAGAAUCUGUAACGUCGGAUAUAAAAUUAUCCGACGAGACAGAUGCACGUACGACGGAAGUACCGUUAAAGCACAGACUACGUAGUUCGUCCAGGCAACAUAAUGCUCGGAUCGAAGAAGAUCAACGGGAUCAAGGGAAAGAAGAUAACGCGUUGGAAGAUCAGAAUGCUGCCGCGGUAUUGAGUAUAAUAAACGCAAAUAUUACAAAUAAAUGUACAACGAUGUAUGACGAGAAAAGCACAGAUAACAGGAAAGAAGUUCGUAGCGCAUCCGUGGAUACGGACGAAAAGAAGACCGUCGAGAUCGGAAGUUUGUCCGAAAAAUCGUCGAGGUUUGAAGUUUGUCCCGAGGAAAGUAGAGAAGGAGAAAAAGAAAAAUCGACGAAAGUCGAGAGCCGGCGUGGUGCUCAAGAUUACAAGACUGUAGCGACAAUCGGAAAUAACGAUACGGCCGAGUCAAAGGCGAAAAAAUUAUCGGUAAAGAAAGGCAAGCCAGUAAAAUCUAAGGAGGAAACGAUGAACAGCGCGAACAGCAAUAAAUCCGAGCAUCUAGAUAUAACAACGGUGCCGACGUUAAUAAUGUGUUCAAAAGAAGAAAUAAGCAAUAUAAUGUGUACAAGUAUGGCGUAUCCAGCUGCGCGUUCCAUAACGUCCGGCAGAAAUUCGCGAUUCGUACCAAUCGUUCCAAAAGGUCCAACAAAUAAAAUCGGCAAAGAAGAUGUUGUGGAAACGCUGUAUUUAAAAACCGUAAACGUUGCUCGAAAAGUACCUGCAUCAACGUUGUCGACAUCGUUGACAACAUUGGCUCCGAUAACACCGUUCACACCUUUCGCUCCAUUCACAUCGUUCGCACCGUUCACACCACUGACAUCGUUAACAUCGUUGACGCAACGUGGAACGCAACAAGUAGUCGAUAAACAAGAUAAAACAGCAACCAACGAAACAAAAGGUACGCCGACUCGGACCGUUAGCAACGUGGUGGGUAGUUCGGUCACGAGUUCGGCCGUUUUGGGCAACGAUGACGCUAAUAAAAUAGUAAUCGGAGAAUCGAUCACCCUCUACAGCAACGAAAAUAGCGCGAAAACGUUACUGGAUAGUUCGAAUAUGCCUACGAUAAACAUAGAGGAUAACGUUAGUUUGUCAGGCUCUGGACUAUCGCCAUACAUAAAAUUUAAUUGUAGCAAGAACAACGAAAACCAAAGUUUAUCAGACAUCGACUUGACACCCGUUGUACAAACUAGCGAAAAAGUCGUAGCUUCGGUAAAAAACGAUAUCAUUAUCGGGCAACAACCUUCAGCGCGCAACAGUGUUGGCGAACGCGGCAUCAUUAACAAACGCACUCCGAGGUCCUUGUUGAAAAGCAGAACAAAAAAUUAUAGACUUAGUUUAUCUACGCCUAGACGGAGAAAUAAUCAUAUAAGAGUUCUUGAUUUUAAUACACCGACAAAGGUAGCGUCUGCAUCGGCGGCAACAGCUACGAUCACAGCUACCGGUGCCAUCGAUGGUACAAUUAGCGACAACGAAAAUGCCUCGAAACAGCUUAAAGCCGUGCGUAGGACUUGUCUGUUCAAAUCUCCGCCGUUUUCCGAUUGCGCGAUGGCGAUGCACGAUACCGCAAUAUGUCCGUUAAAAGCAAGUCAGCCUUCGUAUAAAGUAAGCGAAGCUACGACGAAACAUUCUCUGUCGAAGGUUACAAACGUUUGGGAAAAAUCUGAGGAAAGCGGAGCUUUAACCGACGAUGUUCGUACACGCGAGACCGAUGCGAGCAUUUCCUCCGAACCCGAAUUAAAAUCAACGAAAGCCACGAAGAAUACAUGGGACGCGGACUUGCGAAAAUGUUUACGAGCAACGAGCGCGGAGAACGAUCGUCGGGGAACAAGCGUAUCGUCCAAGGUUGGACAAACGGCAGAAUACGCGAAACGAGAUAAGAGCCUGGCUUCAAAGAAGGAAAAAUGGAAAUCGCGAGUAUCAUCGAAAGGGAAAAUUGGUAGAAACACCUCAAGAAAAGAGGCAGUCAUCGAUUCGAAGAAAAAACAAACGGUCGAAGAAGAAGAGCGAAAAAUAACAAAACUAUCGAUGGAAGAAAUACGAAAUAACGUUGCGUUGUUAACGGAUGAAAAUUUGUCGAUUACGCCCGUUGAUCGGACCGAUACGAUUGACGUUGAUGUUGACACCGAUGAUACGAAAACGAACGAUCUUUCCGCACGGGAUAAGUUAUUUAACUUGCAAAAGGGUAAAUCCGAUUCAACGGCGAUAAGAACAACGGCCAACAGUACGGCUGCAAUAGAAACGAUAACAGCAACAACAAGAACAAGAACAACAACGACGACGACGACUAUGACGACUUCGACGACAAUAACGACAACGACAAGAGCAGUCGAUGAUUCGAAAAUUGAAAAGAGAGAAGCAAAAAAGUAUGUUCAGUUGACAACGUUAAAAACGAAUCUGAAUAGAUGUAACGCGGAAAAUAACGUAACGUCGAUGGAUGAUGCACGAUUCUUGGAAUUGACAAAAACAUGCACAGACGUUUCCCGACAAUUAUUAGAAAUACCUAAUUUGAUCGAACUGGAAACUCCAAGGAAAUUAGAGAAUUAUGAUGUUCCACCAACGCCUAGAUUACUUAGCCCUAGCAGCAGUACAACUCCGUUCGUUAAAAUGAACGAAGACUCGAACAAAAUACGUAAUAUUAUAAACACUCCGGAAUUUCCAACAACACCUUGUAUAGCUUUAACUCCGAAACACUUGGAAGAAACGAUGACCGAUGACCCGAAGAAAGAAACUUUCGAUCGCUGUUCACCCUAUUACAAACCCACUUUCGAAGAAAACGAACAUUCAGAAAAAUUAUCGAAACCAAAAUUGACGAAAGGUUCGCAAAAGUCUCCGCAGUGCGUGAAACCUCGUGAUCUCGUUGUCGCGCUCGGAACGCAGUUUCCCCCGAAAUUAGAAAUAACGCAGUUCGAAGUGAUCAAAGAAAAUUUACCUAAAGAACAAGCGAUCAGAGAGCUUAAAAUAUCAGCCAAUUCUCGAGAUUCGAUUUCAACGACAGCGUCAAUUCAUCGGACAAAAUGUAAGAAAGCCGAUCAUCGCUUAAAAAACGAAGUUUCGGAGUGUACAGAUAAAACAGAACGUAUCCAAGCGGACGAGCGUUCCACGAAAAUAACCGGCAACGAAAAAUAUUUGCUCAAUGGCGAAGAAUCGAACGACAGCGAUGCUUCGUCCUCGUCCUCUUCUUCCUCAUCCUCGUCAUCUUCGUCGUCAUCGUCGUCUUCCUCGUCGUCGUCGUCGUCGUCUUCGUCAGCGUCGUCAUCACCGUCGUCGUUAUCACCCUCGUCCGGUUUCCCGAAUUCCAGGGUAACGAACACCUCGGAGAAAUCAUCGUCGAACAAAAAAUAUAAAAACAUUUCGAAAGAAAUUUCCACCAAAACGAGUCACGACAGUUCGACGCGCAAAAUCAUCGGUAUGCGCGUGAAAGAAACUACGAAUACGGAAUAUUCGGUAACUUCAGGAAAUACUUCAACGAAAUUAACGAUCAGAUCAACGAACGUGUCGCACGUUAAUCCUACCGAGGAAGCAACCAUCGUUUCGAGAAAAUGCGAAUCUUCGCCGUUAAAAGUGUUUCCAGUAAUGGCAAGCGAAAACGAAGGAACGGAAGAGCUGGGGGAAUCGCGAAACGACGCGAAAGAAACUCCAGCCAAAAAUGAGAUUUUAAUCAACGAAGCGGAUAUUUCCGAGACUCCUAGCAGUUCUAAGGCUGGCGUAGAAAACUUGACUAAUUUGUCCUCGAAAAUAUCCGCGUUCAUUGAUUCGGAGAGUCAGAAGAAAGAUUCCUACAUAGGAAAUUCUACGACGAUAAACUACAAGCGAAAGACAAAAGUAGUAAACGCGCAGCGAAUCGUUAAAUCCGCAAAAUCGGUCAAACAAUUUUCUUCGUUACAAAAACAACAAAAACAGCAACGACAAAAGUGUCUGGGCAUAGACGAGAAAUUAAUUGUUCAAUUAGAAGCGAAGCGUCAACGUAUGAUCGCAAAGUUUCGAGAACUUCCAAAUUCUAGUCUUACCGGUAGAACAACGACUCGACGGAAACGGAUUAUUCGUAGGGGUCAAAAUAACAUUAACGUAAAACGAAAAAACGAUCGAAACGCGUGUAUCCGAAAAACCGAUGAUCCGUUUAAUGAUAGUAAACGAAAGAAGAAAAGGAAAAAGAAGAAGAUCGAGGGGUUCGAUACCGAGAACAAUAACCAUAACGAUAUCGAUGCCGCUGUUCACAACCAAAACAACAACAACAACGUUAGGAGCUGCAGCGACGACGAUACUCGCGAUGCCGGUGGUACGAGCGUAAGACAUUCGAACGUAGUAGAAUUUAAAGGGAGCGCUGAUCGAAAAGAAGACGACGAUCGGAUCGCGACUCAACGAGAUGACGCGAAAAAAGCUAUCCAUACAACUGCAGAGAAUGAUAACAACGACAUUGAGGAAAAGAAAAAAGUUGCCAUUCAUAAUGAACGAUCGAACAGUUCAUUAACGGAUAAUAAAGAUGCUAGGAAAUUGGAAGCGACGGAAAAAUUUGAUAAUUUUGUCGGCAUCAAUACCGAAGAGAAUUAUACGCGAAUCCUGAAAGAACGUAAUCUUGAUCGUAAAAUCUUGUCGAGUAAGACGAACGAUGAAACGAUUUCGAGAAAUAACGGCGUUGUUGCGAUAAAAAACGAGAAAACUCGUAACGAAGCAAAUGCAUAUCAAGCAAUGGAAUAUCCGAAUCGUAGUGGUAAAACGAAUGCCGUAUCUAAGUCGAAAGUCGAUCAGGUAAAACGAGAUUUAUUUAGCGACGAAGAGAACGAUCGCGAAACGAAGUUCUCGCUUAACCAGAACGAGUCUAGGAACGAGUCCGAUCUAUCGAAUACUAAAGAUUUAUCGCAUGUUCUUCAAUGUUUGCAACUUGUUCCUGCAUGCAAAACCGAUCACCCGGACAAACUCGAACCAAAGGAGCACGAGGGUAAUCGUAAAACGGAUUUCAACGUGGCCCUACCGAACUCGGUAGAGUAUCAUUUUCUCUACGACGAUGGUGCUUCGUUGAAAAAAAGAAGACGAAGAUACAGCGCCCACGAAUUUCAAAUUAAUAUAGUUUUAAAUGAUCAAAAUAACGACGAAUGCGUUAAAGUAUGGACAGCCACAGAUUACGAAGAAAUAUUUAAUAUACCGCCGAAAUCGAAAAAGAAAUUACCGAGUAGAAAGUCGCCCUUUAGGAACGAAAAUCAUCGUGAAAUAUUCGAUCGAACGUCCGUCGAUGCUUCAACCGUAACUAGUAUACGCGCUAAACCACUCGCCACUUCGUCUCCUAUCGACAAGCCGUUAUUCUCGAAAACGAACAAUCUUGCUGCCACUGUUACCUCCAUAAUCACUGCUACCGCUACUGCAAUUACCACCAUUACCGGUACCGUCACCACCACCACCACCACCACCGCCACCGCUAUUGCCACCACCACUAUCAUCACCGAUACUGAUAUUACUGCUGGAACUUGUACGAUCACCGAAAGAGACAAGAUUAUUCAACGUGAGAACGACAAGCGUGCGAAAAUAGAAAAAACUCCAGAAAUUAUCAAAGAUGUCCCGAUUGUAAAACAUCAAAAGUCUAUGUUUACGGAUUCUAAAGAAAGUAAGCAGAUCGAGAAACGGCAACAUCUAACCGAUCCUCAGACAUUAUUGAAUAACUUGGAUUUAGAUAAAUUCUUAACGUCUGUACAUGGACCAGCUUAAACGUCAUUCUAAUUAACUGAUCUUAUUUGCGCGCGUAUAAUGAUUUACGCGGAUGUUCUGACAUACUUGUCGUACUUGUUUAGAAAUAAACAUACAAGAUUGUUAUUA